AGUCAAUAAAAUCAAUCAGCUGGCAACAUUAACGUCGUCAUAUCUCGUCGAGACAGAUGCAAUCGCGAAUAAAACGCAGACGACGGGUGUUUUAGACUUAUGCGAUGGCAACACUGAUUUAUUUUACUAACGUUUAGUUUGUUUUGAAUUAGACUAGUCUGGAUUCGUUCGUUGAUUUGUAUGUUUACGCUUGAGAAAGUAUUUUAGGACUUGAGACAAAAUUAGUAAUACGAAUUUUUGUCUACAACUAUUUACAACUAAUUUAGGCAUUUAUAAACUAAAAAGUAACUUUAUUUCUAAUAAUAAGUUGCCUUGCGUAGUCCAUCAAAUUAAGUUUUAAAGGAAAUCUAGCUUUAAGUAGACAUACAACCUUAUUGGCUGUAUGACCAAAAACCUUUGCUAGAUUAAAAACUACAUUGACAGAUUAACCAAACUGUCAAAAAUAAUUUUAUACGACUAUCGUUUACUUUUUGUAGUUUUUUUUUAUUGAUUAUUUUCAAGUAAUAUUAAAAUAUCUAUAUACAUAUGAAAUGGCACGUUACGACCGAGCCAUUACAGUAUUUUCUCCAGAUGGGCAGCUUUUACAGGUGCAGUACGCUCAAGAGGCGGUGAGGAAAGGUUCUCCAGUUGUAGGGAUAAGGGGGGAGAAUGUUAUAGUGUUGGCAGUAGAGAAGAAGGCGGUGGAGAAGCUGCAGGAUGAGAGAACGGAGAAGAAGAUAGUGGCGUUAGAUGAGCAUGUCGUGUUGGCGUUUGCGGGGUUAAGAGCUGAUGCGAGGGUGCUGAUUACAAGGGCCCAAAUCGAGUGUCAAUCCCACUGCCUCACCGUAGAAGACCCAGUCACCAUAGAAUACAUAACCCGCUACAUAGCCGAGCUUAAGCAGAACUACACUCAGAGCAACGGCCGGCGGCCCUUCGGUCUCUCUUGUCUGAUCGGCGGCUUUGACUAUGAUGGGAACCCACAUCUGUUCCAAACAGAACCUUCGGGGAUCUACUAUGAAUGGAAGGCGACAACAACAGGCAAAUAUGACAAGUCAGCACGAGAGUUCCUGGAGAAGUAUUACACACCGGAGGUGGUUUCCACCGACCAUGGCGCCGUCAAACUGGCCAUCAGGACUAUACUGGAUGUCGUGCAAUCAGGUAGCUGUUAUCAAACGAGGUGAGCCAGUUAUGAUGCUGGAGCCAGAAGAGGUAAAAGAAUUCAUAUCGGAGGUCGAAAGAGAAAAGGCG